AUGGAUGCUAAUUUAAUUAAGACAGUCAAUAAACUUCAGGACGCUUUUGCUACUGUUGGUGUUCAGAACCCGGUGGAUUUGCCACAGAUUGUGGUUAUUGGCUCACAGUCAAGUGGUAAAAGUUCCGUUUUAGAAAAUAUCGUUGGUCGUGACUUUUUACCUAGAGGAACGGGAAUCGUUACUCGAAGACCUUUGGUCUUACAACUUAUCAACCGUCCGCAGCCUGAGGUUCCUAAACCAAAUAGUGCAAAUAAGACUCCACCAGAUUCAUCGAAUAAUGUAAGCCCUGAUAAGUCAGAUAAAGAACCAGACGAGUGGGGCGAAUUUUUACACAUUCCUGGCCAAAAAUUUUAUGAUUUCAAUAAAAUUCGGGAAGAAAUUGUAAAAGAUACUGAAUUGAAAACAGGAAAAAAUGCUGGGAUUUCUCCAUCACCUAUUAAUUUAAGGGUAUAUUCCCCCAAUGUACUAACAUUAACACUUGUUGACCUGCCCGGUCUUACAAAGGUUCCUGUUGGAGACCAACCAAAAGAUAUCGAAAAACAAAUUCGUGAAAUGAUAUUGAAGUAUAUUACUAAGCCAAAUGCUAUUAUUCUGGCAGUUACAGCAGCCAACUCUGAUUUAGCGAAUUCUGAUGGGUUGAAAAUGGCUCGUGAAGUUGAUCCCGAAGGAUCACGGACUGUUGGUGUUCUUACAAAAAUAGAUCUUAUGGAUCAAGGAACAGAUGUUGUAGACAUUUUGGCUGGACGUAUAAUUCCUUUACGACUCGCCAUUUCAGCGGCUUUGGAAAAUGAACGUCAAUUCUUUGAGAAUCAUCCUUCGUAUAAGAGUAAGGCACAAUAUUGUGGUACACCAUACCUUGCUCGUAAAUUGAAUAUGAUACUUAUGCAUCAUAUUCGUAAUACACUUCCUGAAAUCAAAUCUAAAAUUCAAGGAGUAUUGGCGAAAUAUCAAUCUGAAUUGUUAUCGCUUGGUGAUCCUAUAGACGAUGGUGGUCAUAAUCAUGCCAACCUUGUUCUUAAUAUUAUCACUGAAUUUUGUUCUGAAUUUCGUACUAUUCUUGAUGGAAAUUCCAAUGAAUUAUCUUCAUUUGAGUUAUCAGGUGGUGCACGUAUAAGCUUUGUCUUCCAUGAAGUUUAUUCAAAUGGUGUGAAAUCAAUAGACCCCUUUGAUCAAGUGAAAGAUGUUGAUAUUAGGACAAUUCUCUAUAAUUCAUCGGGUUCAUCUCCAGCUCUUUUUGUUGCAACAACUGCAUUCGAAGUCAUAAUUAAACAACAAAUAAGACGACUUGAAGAACCGAGUUUGAAAUGUAUAACGUUAGUUUAUGACGAAUUAGUCCGUAUUUUGUCUCAACUACUGCAGAAACCUAUAUACAAGCGAUUCCCGGGUCUAAAGGAGAAGUUUUCUUCUGUUGUAGUUAAUUUUUUUAAAAAAGCAAUGACACCAACAAAUAAGCUUGUCACGGACCUUGUAUCUAUGGAAACAUGUUAUAUAAACACUGGGCAUCCUGACUUUAUAAAUGGUCAUCGAGCCAUGACGAUUAUUAACGAUAAAUUGAACCCACCAAUUCCUGUUGACAAUAAGGGCCGAAGUACUUUGAAUAAUCUUACAAAUCCAUUAAGCGAACCUGAGCCUACAAACACAGGAUUCUUUGGAAGUUUCUUUACUGCAAGUAAAAAGAAAAAGCCAGGUGUUAUGGAAGCGCCGCCGCCGGUUCUUAAAGCUUCUGGAAACCUUUCUGAUCGUGAAAUUGUGGAGACAGAAAAAACUCUUGUCGACAUGGUACCAAAAGCUGUCAUGCUUAAUCUUGUUUAUCACGCAAAAGAAGAACUUCAGCGUGAAUUAUUACAGGAAUUAUACAAAGCAGAUGUCUUGGAUGAAUUACUUAAAGAAAGUGAUUAUACACAACAAAGACGUAAAGAAUGCAAGAAGAUGAUUGAAGCUUUACAAAAGGCUGAUGAGAUUGUAUCUUCCGUAUCUGGAGGCGGGCUGUUGUAUAUCAAAGCUUGA